UGGCCCGGCCGUCCGUCUGUCGUCUGCUAACAACGUCAUCACCAUGACCUGUCUCGUGCUUGGGGCCACGCUGCUGGGCAGCCUGGGGGUCACAGUGCAAGCUGCAGCGUUUCUGGCUCCUCCCGCCUCGGUGAGGUUUGACUCUGUGGACUAUAAAAACGUCCUGCGCUGGAUUCCGCAGCCCAACAGCACCUCCCUGCAGUUCUACGUCCAGUGGAAGAUUUACGGCGAGCCACAGUGGCUGGAUGUGGCCAGCUGUCAGGGCAUCCAGAAGCACCACUGUGACCUCAGCGCCCUGACCUCUGACCCCAGAGAGUGGUACUACGGCAGAGUGCACGCCUCCUCCCGGAACGCCAGCAAAUCAGCGUGGGCCCUGUCCCCGAGGUUCAGCAGCCGCUGGGACACCAAGAUCAGCCCACCGGCACUGAAGCUGAACGCCACGAAGCAAGGCAUCAUGGUCCGUGUUAAACCCCCCCGCUCACUCGUGCAGAAGAUGAACAGCAGACUGUACUUCAAGAUCUUCCUCAUACAUGCCAGUGGGGAGGAGGAGCAGGUCUAUGAGAUGGACUGCUGUUCCAAGCAUCUGCUCCUCAAAGAGCUGAAGCAGAAGACCACCUACUGCGUCCAGGCCCAGACCCUGAUCCACCUGCAGGGCAAAAGCAGCGCCCGCAGCCCUCCGAAAUGCACCAGCACUCUCACCCAGUAGAUCGACUGGAACAGUGAAUGACUGGAUCAGAAGAUUUGCACUCAUCUGUGAUUCCGUUCAACCUUACCUCUCCAGCUUUAAUCAUCCAUCCAUCCAUCGCUACCUCGAAGGCCGCUGUCCAUGUCCAUGCCAAAACAAAUGAUGCACUUUAAAAUCAAAACAGAGGAACUCUUCCGUACUGUCUGGUCUCUGCAGUGUUUCAGUGAAACAGACGCGGCUUUGGCUGUGACUGUAGGAAUCAUUUGAAAGUACUGCACCUAAGCAGAGUUUUCUCUUUCUCUCUCUCGUCUUUCAUUAAGCACAGCUCCGAAAGAGAUCAUGAGUGAUCCGCCAGCGUCUUUCCACACUUUAACCCUGUGAAACCCAGGAGUGUGCGCACAGGCACUGACUUUGGCAUAUUUUUCAACAAAUUGUUCACAUUUUUUUUUUUUUUUUUUGCAAAUGUAAUGAAAAAGUGCUACUUUGGGCUAUGAGUUUUUUUUUUUUCACUGGACAGUAUAGAGUCAAAUCCCAAAAAGAGACACCAAAAAACCCCUAACACUAAUAGCAAAACUAUUUAAAGCAUUAAACAAAAUGACAAUAACAACAAUGAUACUACUACUACUAACAUGAUAAUACUAAUAAUGAU